CAGCCGUUGGGUACAUUUUGCCCCGGGUCAUUAUACCAGCAGCUGCUGACUGAUGGAAUCUCUGAUUGAUGACAGUUGCUCAGCGGGACGCUAGCUCUCGCGGACAGAUGACGCUCCCACUGAGAAAACGUUCAACCAUCUCUUGGAUUCAAUUUAAUUUUGCUCCCAUCACGACCUGAAAGUGCAGAUUCCUUCUUUUAAAAGUUGUAUGAUCUGUGGGGGGGUGUACAGGUCGCACACGCCGGGUCAAGUGCAUACAAAUACCCGCGCAUACUUGGGAUAUCCUGCGUACUUGCAUGUCUCUAUCGGUCUGAUCCCAAGAAAGGAUUGAGGGUUUCAUGUGAUGGCGCCGUUGCUCUCGAUUUGACCAAAACUUUCCCACGAUCCCUCCUCCAAACGCCUUUUUCACCCCACCCAUUUACAAGUUCAUAAAAGUGACCCGCCGAGUCGAACCCCAAGACCCGGACCGUUGGUGUCAAACAGAGAGGCGAAGAGUCAUGCCGGCGCCCAAGAAAGCAGGAAGGAAAGGCAGCUCUGCACAGGAAGAGAAGCUGCCACCAUAUGAGCCGAAUAUCCCUGAACCGACCAGCAGGCCCGACUUCAUUAAGUACUGGCUCCCCCUCUCUCUGGAUGAUAAAACUGCACAGAAGCUUCUGUGGAUUUCUGAAGGCGGCGCCAAGGUCGCUCGAACAUCCGAUGCAGUCUGUCCUUAUCCAAACAGACCGGAGAGAUACGAACACUCUCCGCAGGUCUUGUGUAAGGAAGGGCUCCAGGGCUGUCGAGGCUACUGGGAGGUGGACUUUGAUGGCUGGGUGGUGAUCGGGGUGCUCUCUGAAAGCUCUCCUCGGAGAGGCCAGGAGGUGCCCUGCGGCCUCGGGGAGAACUCCACCUCGUGGGGCGUGGGCUGGUCCGGCUCCUGCUACCAAGUCUGGCACGACGGGGAAAACGUGGACGUCCAGCUGCCCCUGUCCUCCACCAUGGGCGUGUACGUGGAUCAGCCCGCCGGCAUCAUCAAGUUCCUCUCGGUGGAGGGAGAAGCGGAGAAGGAGGCGCGGCUGAUCCACAAGUUCAAAGCCGCCUUCAAGGAGAAGGUUUUUCCUGGGUUCUGGAUCGGCACAAAUUCGUUCUGUCUCAUCAGGAAAAAAGAUCAGUGACAAAAAUGGAGGAACAGAUGGAGGAUGUUGUGUAAAUUUAUAAAAAUAAAAGGUGUGAGAAGGAAAUAUUGUGAUGUUUGAGGAACAAAAACCUGAUUCAUUCUGAUUAUGUGAUUUAAUUGGAAAUAAAACAGUUUUGUUGUUAGAAAGUGGAUCAUGUCCACAGAUGUGGAGUGCUGCUGCCCUCUAGAGGCCACAGACGACACAGCAGUCGAGUCAUCUUCUUGGUGUUGCUCCUUUUAUUUUGAAACAUCAAAGAACAAACAGAACACUUGUUUUUGUCUUUUGUAAAGAUGGAUGCUCUGCCUUUCAAACCCUUCUGUCUCACAGUUUCAUUCAUUCUGUCGUUUCCACAGAGGAUGAGGAGCAAAAAGAAAAGAAAAAAAAAA